AUGGACCGUUUCGGCGGGAUGACUCUAGGGUCCAAUGUCGCCGGCAGCGGUGAUGGCGGCGGGGCGGAUGACCUGGACAUGAGUUCCCUGCGGCUGGCAGAGGGAGGAAGAGGUGGGGGGUCAGGCUUCGGUCUCUCUGUUGUUGCGCAGCAGAACCCUUUCUCGAGCACCCGAUGCCAGCAACAACAGCAACAACCACAGCAGCAGCAGCAGCAGCUUCAACAACAACAACAUCAACAUCAGCACCCUCCAGCAUCGCUGCUUUUGGAGAACGGAGGGAUGAGGUCGCUUGAACAGGGCAACCCCCUCGGUUUUUCUAACCCAGCAGCAACGGCGGCAGCAGCAGCAGCCGGGAACGGCAGCGGUGUCGGUGUCGGAUGCUGCUCCUCUUGCGGGGCGGGGAGACAGCAGCAGUUGGCGGGAAGGGGCGUGGGGGCGCGGCGGGGACCGGACGGCGCCUGGCUUGAUGACGAGGAUCGAAGGCUUUACACAGAGGGGGAGGUCCGACAUGCAAUAGAGCAGGAGGUGAGGGGCUGGCGUGAUAAGAACACAUCGUUGGAGGCCUCCAUGGCGAACCUGGAGACGGAAACGAAGGCGGCUCUCAUGAGGGCUGAGCAGGCUAUCGCCGAGAUGACCGAGCAACUUAGGGCUGCGGAAGGCAAGACGUACGCCCUCUCGGUCCAUUUGGCCCAAUCGAAUCGUCCGCCCCACCUCGCAUGACGCUAUUUUUUCCGGUAAAGACGGCGGUUAAUAUGGCCGCACGUAAAAUCAUGGUUUUCGGCAUUUUUUGUUUUUCUCUCUCUUCGUUCCCGUUUUUUGUAGACGUAUCUGAGACAAUGUUCCAGAAUGGUUAGUCUGAAACUUGUGAAACAUGUUUUUUUGUCUAUCGCGGUUGCUACACUCGCACAACCCUCCGACACAAGUCACAUUACCCGCGUAUUGUCGACGUAGAAUCACCGGCGCACGAGGGGUAUAGGGUCCGGUCUUGGCCCAGCAAAUUUUGUUCAGCACCAGCGACCGUAUCCUGGAUCGAAAAAAUUCCCGCGAUAUAUUCUUGUGGAUACUGAAGGGGGGGCAUUGUUUUCGGAGGACAGCCACCGGGGGUUGUUCUUGAUGGAAUGGUUUCAUUUUUUGGGCAUGCGUGUUUUUCUGUGCUCAGAGACUUGGCGCUCACCGAGACUUGGCGCUCACCGAGACUUGGCGCUCACAGACUUGGCAGGUGCUCGUCAGAGCAUGUUUUUGUUGCAGCCCUGACGGUGGAAACGUACGAAAUACGAUCCACAAUCCGAAAUGGAGGGAUCGGCGGUGACUACUGUCGGAGGGGGGCGGAUAGGAGUAUUGCACGACGAUCUCCUGGUUUGAUUUCGUGCUACGGUUGGCAUGUGCUUGGGGAUACAUUGCACUGCAUCUUGUAGGACACGACACAAUUUUGGUAGGUUGUUUCUUCGUUUCCUUUCGAUCUGUCAUUGUUUAGCGUGCCUCUUGCGUUGUUGGUCUGUUUUUUUUUUAUCUUUUCGGACGUCUUUAUGGUGCCUUCCACAUUUUUGUCCCUUCACUCGGUUUCAAGCUUUAAACGCCGAAAUUCUCACGGAAGUGAGGUCUUGUCGGUUUGUCAAAGAGGCCGUGUUGUUGAGCCAAGUAUCGUAUUUCGAUCGUCUCGACGUCUAGAGCGUCGUGAACAAUAUAUUUCCCGUUGUCAACGCCUGGUUUUUGCCUUGACUCUAGUACAGGCUACCUCUUGCGUUGUUGGUCUGUUUUGUUUUUUGUUUUUUCGGACGUAUUUAUGGUGCCUUCCACAUUUUUGUCCCUUGACUCGGUUUCAAGCUUUAAACGUCGAAAUUCUCACGGAAGUGAGGUCUUAUCGGUUUGUCAAAGAGGCCGUGUUGUUGAGCAAAGUAUCGUAUUUCGAUCGUCUCGACGUCUAGAGCGUCGUGAACGAUAUAUUUCCCGUUGUCAACGCGUGGUUUUUGCCUUGACUCUAGUACAGGCUACCUUUGAUGCACCGUGCCGUUCAGAGCCGACAAUUUUUUGACAU